AUGGAGGGAAGGAAGGCGCAGGAGGGUUUUCCUUACUCUGAGGUGUUUGAGAGGGCGAGGAGAGAAAGGCGAGAGGCACAGGCUGCAAGGGAGAGAGGAGCGGAGGAAGAGGAGGAGGAGAAAGGGGGAUCUGGAAUAGGGAGUGAGAGGGAGAGUGAAAGAGGGAGUGAGAGAGUGUGCGAUAGAGGGUCUGAUAUAAGCGAGGAUGCGAGUGGGAGCAGUGCAAGGGCAAGCUUUGGAAGGGAGAGUGAAGCAAGUGAAAGGGUGGGUUUAGCAGCAGUAAGGGAGACAGAGAGAAUAGGAGCAGCACCAAAAGCAGUUGUGGGUGUGGCGGCAACACGAAAGGCGCUUCUGUCGUGUGAGAGCAGUGGAGAGGCGGCGAGGUUACAGCAGAGGAUGGUGAGGGAGAUGGCUGCUGGACGAUUAGUAGGAGGAGGAGGAAAAGGAGGAGGAAGAGGGGGAGGAAGCGGAGGAGGACGGGUUGACUCAGAUGAGCAGGGAAGAGAGGCCAGGUUCGGUCCCAACCCUUCCGAACCUCUGCAAGAGGCCAGGGAGAGGUUGGGAAAUGGGAGAGCUGAGGACGGGCGGGAGAAGGGAGGGGGUCAAGAGGGAGAAGAGCAGGGGGAGGGCGAGGAUGAGGAAGAGAGGAGAGACGAGGAGAAGGGAAAGGAUGUUGGAAGCCAUGUGGGAGUACCGACGGGGAUGCACAGGGACGUGGCAGAGGAGCAGCCGCAAGUGCUGCAGGGAUGCACAGGGGCCGCUUCUGAAGAACCCAUCUCAAAUGCUGCACGGCCCAUCUCCAUGUACUUAGGCAUCAUCCCCAUGGCGCAUGUGCUGCGGCCUGCCCUCCGUGCUGCCGUGAACCACAUGCCACAUUGCAGCCAUCCCAAGUGCAUGGAGUCAUGA